AUAUAAGAAAAAAAGUUAUGAAGUUCUAUUUUUCUUUGUUUAAUCCUUAGGAAGAAAAGAGAUAUGUCGAAUUCAAAUCUUCGUAUAGCUUGUGUGUUAGUAGGCUUGCCUGCUAGGGGCAAAACUUAUAUUUCACAAAAAGUUUGUAGAUAUCUUACUUGGCUUGGAAUAACUACAAAAGUAUUUAACGUUGGAAAUUACCGUCGGAAAUUAUAUGGGGCUAAACAAGUUCAUUCUUUCUUUGACCCUAAUAACCCCAUUGGUAUUCAACAAAGAAAAGAAGCAGCCAAAGCAGCCUUAGAGGAUAUGAUUCGUUGGUUUAAUGAAGAUCAAGGUAUUGUGGGUCUUUAUGACGCCACAAAUAGUACCAAACAGAGAAGAAAAUGGAUAUAUGAAAAAUUGACCGAGCAAAAUAUUCAGGUGUUCUUUAUCGAAAGUAUCUGUCAGGAUGAAUCUAUUAUUCUAGACAAUAUUAAAGAAGUAAAACUAACCUCACCAGAUUAUGCAAACACCGAUCCUGAAGAAGCAGUCAGUGAUUUCAAGGCCAGAAUCGAUCAUUAUAAAGAUCAAUAUGAAACUAUCACAGAGAAUGAUUAUACAUAUAUUAAGUUAAUUAAUGUGGGAAGUCAAGUUAUUAUCAACAUGAUACGUGGCUACCUCGAAUCUCGUAUUGUGUAUUAUUUAAUGAACUUGCAUACAGCUCCUAGAAAGAUUUAUAUGAGUCGACAUGGUGAGUCUAUGUAUAAUUUGCAAGGUAAAAUUGGUGGUGACUCGGAAUUAUCUUCUCGAGGCAUCUUGUAUGCAAAGAAGCUACCCGAUUUGAUUAAGGAGAAUUUGGGCAAUAAGGACCUGAUUAUUUGGACCUCUACUAUGAAAAGAACAAUUCAAACAAGUUCAUAUUUAAAUUAUCCAAAAAUACAUAGGAAAGCUCUGGAUGAACUAGAUGCAGGUGUAUGUGAUGGGAUGACAUAUGAAGAAAUAGAGGUGAAAUAUCCCGAGGAUUAUGCUAAUCGUGAUGAUGAUAAAUUUAACUAUCGUUAUAGAGGUGGAGAGUCAUAUAGGGAUGUUGUGCUAAGAUUAGAACCCAUUAUUAUGGACCUUGAACGUCAAGAAAAUAUUCUUAUUAUUGGUCAUCAAGCCAUUUUAAGAUGUAUUUAUGCAUAUUUUAUGAAUUAUAAUCAGGAGGAUUUGCCUUAUAUUAAGAUUCCACUUCAUACUGUUAUUGAAUUAACUCCUAAAGCUUACGGAUGUGAGGAAAAGAAAUAUAAAGUGGAUAUUGAUGCUGUAGAUACACAUAGACCAAAACCAACACUUAAAAAGAAGACAUCAAAAUUAGACGUAGCAAAUAAUGGUACUUCAUUAGGUGCUAGUGGUGAAAUUGUAAAUGAUAUUGGAAGUCCUAUUUUACCUAUUAGCCCACAAUUAUGGCCAUCUACCAGUAAAAAUACAAAGCAUAGUCGAACUCCUUCACAUCAACAUUUCCACCUAUAGCAAAUCAACUAGGGGAGAAAAAAAAAGUGUGAGAAAAAACAUCGGUGAUUUAUUUAACCAUACUUUUUAUCCUUUUUUUAAUCCUACAUAAUAUAACAAUACUCUACAGCAGCC